AUGAGCGAGUAUUUGCUGGACGACCGAGAAUCCACGAGCGAGGAGGGCGACGACGGCGACCACAACUAUUACCGUAGCCCUGCUUACGACGAAGAAUCCCAGAUAUUCCUCAUUCCCAGUACCUCCCCAGGUUUCAGGGAGACCAACGACAACAACUACAACCAUCCAGAUUGGCGUCAUGCUGCUGCUUAUGACAACAGUGAAGAUCACGGCGGUAGAGAAAACGAAGAUUUCCGGAUAAGUAUUAGCCCCAGUUCUACUAACAAUCCCAGCGAGGAUUUUUUGAACGACGAAGAAUCCCAGAUAUUCCUAAUUCCCAGUAUCUCCCCAGGUUUCAGGGAGACCAACGACUUCUCAAACGAUCAUGAUCUCGAAAAUGGGGAGGAUCACAGCAACGAUCGAAGCUAUCAUCAUAGCCCUGCUGAAAAUGACAUGAAAUUGAAGGUAUUUUUGACCCCCAAUACUGCCUCAGCUCCCAUCAAGAUCAGGGACUCAUUGAACGAUCGAGAACUAAGGAACGACGAGGACCACAAAUCUGCAAAAACUAGUAGCAAAUUCCUGAUGAUCCUCAUUUCUAGUAGUACAACUUCAAAUCCUGGCAAAAGAGAGGAAAUGCUGAGUGGUCAAGGAUCCUGGAUCGAGAAUAGCGGCCAAGACCGGCAUCAUAGCUCUGCUGGAAACAGUGGAGAAUCAUGGGUAUUCUACAAUGAAGAUGCGACCAAAUUAUUCGAUGACAAAGAAACCUUGAGCGAUUGGGAUCCCUGGGGGAAGAAUGGGGUUCAGCUUUCUCCGACUAUCAACGACAACAACCGCGACCGAACCUGGCAUCGUACUGACAACAGCAAGGUGGCCUUCAUGGAAACUGGCCGCAAAUGUACUGUCAUUCCUGACGAUAACUCUUCAAGCUCUGAACGUAAUUCUGGUAGCACCAGCACUGCUUUUAUGGAGCUCAGCCGAGACUGCACUACAGUUGGCGAAGGGAGCGAGAGCGUGUUGUCUCGUGACGAUGACAAGGAAAAAGAUGACAAGGAAAACAGGGACGAUCAGAGCGAUGAAGAGAACAUUGAAGAGAGCUCCGGCCGUAGUUACGGCAAAAACAUGGUUACCGUUGGGAAGAUGCGACGCAGACAUGCUAGCAAUACCGCUGAGACAAAGAAAUCCUCCACAAAGAAAGACUUCUCAAAGCAAGGACAAGUCUGA